ACACCAUGGACCUUUUCUUUAGACAGGGUCUACACUGUGCAGACUAGGCUUCGUAGAUCAGACCUCUACCUCCCAGUGUUGGGAUUAAAGAUGUGCUCCACCACGUAAGUGUGGAUUUAAGUUUGGUGGUAGGUAGUGAGAAAUCUUUCAUCAUUCCAUACGAAGCUCCAGUGCCUGUGGAAGUUUGGCUUUCAAUAAAGAAGCUGCAGUCGCCCUCUAAGAAGACCCAGAAGACGAAUAACCGCAACAGGCGGAGCCACAAGAUGCAGGCGAAUAAAAACGCCAAGCCCUGGCCUUUAGUCUUCUCUAGGACUUAGAAGGAAUCCUGGCCGGAACCUGUUUGAGUCCUUCAGCCGGGUCGCUGGCUCGUCCUCAGUCGCAGCGAUUCCCACCCGAGUCAGCGUGUGAGCGCCUGAGCGCGAGAAAAGAGCCACCAGGGGGAGCUCGCGCCGCCGCCCGGAGAGGAAGUCCCGCCCCCCGUUUCCGGCGGCAGAAAGGGGAGAGCCUGAAAGCGUCUUCCGGUUUGAGAAAGGUUGCGCUUUGGGCACGUGUGUCUUUUCCACCGGCCUCCUGCGUGUCCCUCUGUCCGGGUGAUCUUGUCCGUGGUACUCCUUGCAGACCUAAGGAUGAAGGCGAGACGAAAUAAAAAGCAGGUCCCAAGCUUUCGCAAAUUGAUAAAAACUAGUAAAGUGAAACUUGAAAACAAACUGAAAAAUAAGCAAUUUAAACAACAAAGUACCAUCAAGAAGUACCGAAAAGAGCAGAGGAAACUAAGGCAAGCUGUAAAAGAUGCCGUGUCUAAAAAACCCAUCCCACUGGAGGACCCAAGGAGCAAACGACCAGUUAAAAGGAUCGAGAGGGAAGAGGAAGAGGAGGAAGAAGCCCUCCCUUUAGAUAUGAUGGAUGAGGAAGACUUACAGCUGAUGAAAGAUUUAGGACAAAAGGCAUCUUUCCUCACGAGAGAUCUUUCUUCUAGUGAACCUGUUCACGUCAAGAAACGAAAGCAUGAGAGUGUGAUAGAGAAAUAUGAAAAGGUGCCAAGAACUCUGCAAGCUGCGCCAGAAAAGGAGGUGAUCCACCUGCUUCCUAUCAAGGAUAAGAGUGGCAUAAUCCCACAGACCCGGGAGAAGCCAGCAGUUACUGACAUCCAGCAAGACGAGGAGGAGGAGGAAGAGCUGGAAGCUGAGGAAGAGGUCAUUAAAGACCCCAGGCAAGAGCUGACCCUAGAAGAGCAUGUGAUCGAGAGAAAGAAGAAGCUACAGGACAAGAAAAUACAGAUUGCAGCCUUGGCAUCUGCUAUUUUGUCGGAUCCAGAAAGUCAUAUUAAAAAACUGAAAGAGUUGCGUUCCAUGCUGAUGGAGCAGGACCCGGAUGUGGCUGUCACUGUCCGGAAGUUGGUUAUCAUCUCACUGAUGGAGCUGUUUAAGGACAUCACUCCCUCCUAUAAGAUCCGGCCCCUAACCGAAGCAGAGAAAUCUACCAAGAUUCGUAAAGAAACCCAGAAGUUAAGAGAAUUUGAAGAAGGCCUGGUUAGCCAGUACAAAUUUUAUUUGGAAAAUCUGGAGCAAAUAGUUAAAGACUGGAAGCAAAGGAAGCUGAAGAAAAGCAACGUGGUGUCCGUGAAGGCCUACAGAGGGCUGGCUGAGGUGGCGGUGAAGAGCCUGUGUGAGCUCUUGGUGGCCCUGCCCCAUUUUAACUUUCACAACAACAUCAUUGUACUGAUCGUCCCUCUGAUGAACGAUGGGUCCAAACUGGUAUCGGAAAUGUGUUGUGAAGCAGUAAAGAAACUCUUUAAACAAGAUAAGUUAGGCCAGGCUUCUCUUGGUGUAAUUAAAGUGAUCUCUGGUUUUGUAAAGGGCAGAAAUUACGAAGUUAGACCAGAGAUGUUAAAAACAUUUUUAUGCCUGCGGAUCAAGGAAGUAGAAGUGAAAAAAGAUACAGAGGACAUUAACAAACCCAAAAGGUUCAUGACUUUCAAGGAAAAGAGAAAAACACUGUCAAGAAUGCAAAGAAAGUGGAAGAAAGCAGAAGAGAAACUGGAGCGGGAACUUCGGGAGGCCGAAGCUUCGGAGAGCACUGAGAGAAAGCUGAAACUGCACACGGAGACUCUGAACAUUGUGUUUGUGACCUACUUCAGAAUAUUGAAGAAGGCCCAGAGGUCACCUCUUCUGCCAGCGGUCCUAGAAGGUCUUGCCAAGUUUGCACAUCUUAUAAAUGUGGAGUUUUUUGAUGAUUUAUUAGUGGUUCUUCAUACCCUCAUUGAAUCUGGUGAUCUAAGUUAUCAAGAAAGUCUCCACUGCGUUCAAACUGCUUUUCAUAUUCUUUCUGGACAAGGUGAUGUUUUAAAUAUUGACCCGAUGAAAUUCUAUACGCAUCUCUACAAGACACUGUUCACAUUACAUGCAGGUGCUACCAACGACGGUAUUGAGAUUGUGCUCCACUGCCUCGAUGUGAUGCUAAGCAAGCGCAGAAAGCAGGUUUCUCAUCAACGAGCUCUAGCCUUCAUCAAACGCCUUUGUACACUUGCUCUGCAGGUUCUUCCAAAUUCAAGCAUUGGCCUUUUAGCAACUACCAGGACAUUGAUGCAUACUUUUCCCAGAACAGAUCUCUUGCUUGAUAACGAGUCUCAGGGCAGCGGGGUGUUUCUGCCUGAGCUGGAGGAGCCCGAGUACUGUAAUGCACAGAACACCGCUCUGUGGGAGCUGCAUGCACUUCGGAGACAUUACCAUCCCAUUGUGCGAAGAUUUGCAGCACACCUGCUUGCUGGGGCACCGUCUGAAGGCUCUGAGGCCCUCAAGCCCGAGCUGAGCAGAAGAUCUGCAGUUGAACUUUUUGAGACUUACAGCAUGGCAGCAAUGACAUUCAACCCACCUGUUGAAUCGUCACACUCCAAAAGGAAGGAUAAAUUUUUACAAGGAGACUCAUUUUUGAAUGAAGAUUUAAAUCAACUAAUCAAAAGAUAUUGUAAUGAAGCUGCUACUGAGAUACCACUGGAUUUCACCAAGUGUUUGAAAACUUCAUCACGGUAGUACAAAGAAUGAAUGGGCUGUCUUAUAUAUUUGUGUGUGCAUGUACAGAGACACAUGCAGAUAUGCGAGGGCCUGUUCCUUUUGUAGAAGGAAGACUUCCUAAGAAUGGCUACAUGGGAACUGAAGCAGGGCCACAGAAGACAUUGCUUAUUGGCUUGCUCUUCAUGCCUUAGUCAACUUGAUUUUUUAUACAGGCCACACCAACUUGUCCAGGAAUGGCAUUGCCCGUCAGUCAUGAAUUCUAUAAACGCACUGCAGACAUGCCAUAGUCUAGUCUAUGGAGGCUCUUCAGUUGAGAUUUUUUCUUCUUAGGUGACAAAACCUACGCAAAAUAGCCAGCAAUUUCUCUUUAUAACUAAAUAAAUAAUGUUAUUGCAGCAUCAUAGAUGAAAGCAAAUAAAAUAGAUUUUAUGGUUUUUUU